GUGGAUAGUCUUCUCAACUAUUACUGCGCGUUUCUCGUGAUAUGGAAAAAAAAGCAGUGUCAUCGAUGAAUCGCCGUGGGGCGUCUGCCAGUGUUGGUUCGAGGUGAAUACAGAAGAUCAAGUAAUUCAGAUCAUCCACCAACAGAACUCUGGGCCUUGCGGAAUCCUUCCGGCCCACAAUAUUAUGCAUGUAACCCCUUCCCCUUAAAUGCAUCCUCACAUCACGGUUCUCUGAUCACCCGUAGUACUGCACUCUACACGAUCGGCACUUGACUUUCCCGCCCUCUGCCCAUCUACACACACAGCAGUACGACGCUACACCCCCCCCCCCCAACAUCACAAUCAAUAUGGGCCCCAUCUCCACCACCACCAACAAGGCCGCGCUGCUGCUGCUGCUGCUGCUGCCUGCAGCGGUCCUCGGGCUGCACCUGAACAUCACGGCCCUGGGCGCGGCCAAUAACGCGUCGACCCUCGAGUGCUGGGAGAUCGACACGCCGUUCGCCAUCUCGACGCAGCAGGGCACCGCCGGCAGCGCGCAGCUCCAGCUGGGCAACGCGAGCGCCGUCUCGUACAGCGUGCUGCCGGCGCAGUUUGACGCUGGCGUGCACAACGCGCCUGCGAACCAAUGGGUCAUCUUUCUCUCGGGGCUGGCCCACAUCACCCUCCCAGAGGACGAGACCACCAGCGCGUACGUGUCCGGGGGCCAGUUCGGCCUCAUCUUCGCGGCAGACACCGCCGAUGUCAGCGCAAAGGGCCACGCCACGUCGUACCCGGGUAUCACGGAGACGAUUGCCAUCCAGAUCCCCACCGAGGACGGCGACAUACCCGACCACUCGAUCCUGCACCCUGGUCCUUGCACCGCGAAGGAUACCGUCGGCUUGACCCUGCUGGGGACUGGGAGCGGCUGAUGAGUGACUGGUGACGGUUGUGCGACGAGGCCACGUCACUCAGGACAUGAGUUGGACCACAGCAGUGAGACACGGCGUUACGUUACGAACGCGGCGGAACAUAUGUAUCUAGUAGUUAUUGCGAUACAUUUUUGAAGCGGUCACGUGGAUGACUUCAAUCAGGACCUUAACCCCACCACUUUCUAUAUUCAAGUUGUAGUUUCGAGCUGGCCUGGACUGAUAUGCCUUGACUGCAUGCUCCUCCCUCUACUAGUAUUGCGGGCUGAAAUCAUGUUCGGGUUUGAUACAAUGUGUGCUCCUCUAGAAACAGUAGUACCAGAGUUACAAGGUUAUAACAUCUCAGUGGUAGGUAGCUUUCAACACCCCAAAGAGGACAGAUAAAGUAGCGAACUCGAGCUCGGGGCUUCAAUUGCUAAGGCCCCAGCUACGCCUCUUGGAGUUUGCAGGAAAAAUAAUGCAGCACUUUCAAUGUUGAUUAUCCAUGGUGAGGACACUCGGCUAGAGUUUAUCAACACUCAGGUCUCACUCCUGUUCUACAACUUCAUAUCUCGAUACCCCAUCAAUGCUUCUAACUGAACCAUGAAAGCCGAGGGGUCAGCUAUGUUUUCCCUCUUUUCUUUGAAAUAUUAUCCAGUUCCAAGGGAAAUCACAAUGGCAGACAUCGUAAUCUAUCAUAUUUGAGGGGGAGACUGCAUGUGGGACCCGCAGGCAAGAUACAAUUGUUUCGAUUUACGUCCACCCUGAUUGACCUCUCUCCAUGUUCUGCGCCUCCCCCAUCAUGCCAAAUGGCAUCGCAAGACACCUCAUCCGGCAUGUGUUACAGUUUAUUUUCUUCCCGUGCCGCAGCCGUGUCAGGUUUGUCAACAAUUUCGGCGCAAUCUUGCCUGAUAGCGUCCAGAGCCUGACUGACCCAGCCCACUACGCCGGAAUUGACACGCAUCUGUGAUUACGUUAACAUUUACACUUAAUAUCUAGGAGUCGCGUUUAUUGGAAGAGUGGCGUGGGAUACUACUAAUGUAGACUCACUCGGUACUCCAGUAGACAGUAACGAAUGGCAAUCCAGUCCAAGCUGUCAUAGUGCUGUUUCAGUCGCCUCUCGAAGGCCUCUUCGUUGUCUGAAGGAGCUCGCCGGCGAUCGAGAAACCUCUGACGGGCGAUUGACUCGUCGCAAGUGAGCUGGAUCAGGCCCUUUGGCGCACCGAACUUGUGACGCGGAUCGCAUAUUAGUGUCGCACAUCUGAAAAGGCCAAAGAGCCCCCCGGGGGGGGGGGGGGUGUGGCACCAGGUAAGUGGGGGAUACUUACAUGCAUCUCAAAUUCCUCAGCGGACUUUUCGUCACGAGGGAACCCAUCAAUCAGCCAGAAGGUGUCGGACGGAGUAAACUCAGCGAGUAGUUUUGCCUUGAUCAGUUGUAUGAGGGUGUUCGGCGGAAGGAGCUUGCUCUCUCGCACGUAUCUUGCGAUUUCUUCCGGCCGGAGGGCACCAGGACGAAGAGCUGGGAUGUUAGGCGGGGAUGAGGCACCACCCGAUGCGUUGGAGCCGACAAGCUCCCGGAGGUAAUCUCCGACUGACAGGUGCUUGAAGCGGCGAGGAUACUCUGCGCAUAUGCGAGAGCACAACGUGCCCUUGCCACUUCCUGGCGGACCGAUGACAAAGAUGACAUUACCAAUAGUAGAAAAUGCCGCGGGAUACAGAUGGGGAAAACGCCCGCCUGGGGCUUUUGGAAGCGGUGACUCGGGUGUAUCUUUUUUCUGCAUGGCCGACUUGGAAGGAAGGUGUCUUGGCGAAAUGGACUGUUGCAGGAAGGCAAAUGGCAAUCAACGCUAGCUUCCGAUAUUUUCAAAUCUGGGAUCAUGGAUUUGAUUUGAGAGAGGUCGUGUGGAUAUAUGUAGGGUUGGAAUGUGACAGUGGGUGUCUCGCCAGCUCUGGUGACUCUGACAUCCGGAUUAGACGCAGCAUGUCAAACUUGCAUGACUGGAAAAUGCGGGAACAACUUUUCACAAUUCGAAAAUUAGUCGCAAAUCGACCAAGC